AGUCGUUGUCGCUUGUCAUUUCAUGAAGCACGUCGGUUGAGUUGAUCGAAUGGUCAACGAAAAUUGUUAUUGUUGUUAACGGACCACAUCACGUGCGUUUUGAUUUAAUUCUUACAUUCAAAUAUUAAAUUAAUCGCUGUAUUUUUAAAUUGGUAAAGUGACAUAAAAAUAAAUAUUUGGAUUAUUAUUCUUACAGCAAUGGCGGCUUUCAACGUUGUGCUGGGCUGUAUAAUGGCACUGCUCAUCAUAUUGUUCACAAUCAGUUCCAUUGCCCGAUAUUAUAUAAAGUUUACUUUGUUCCUGGUGCUGUCUUUAUCAUUUGCAACACUUCCGAUACCCCUCAUGUUAUUCCGACCAUUUGAUCCAAAAAAUGCAUUGAUACCAGCAGCAUUGUUGAGGUUUUCGUCGAGAUUGCUAGGGAUACGGUGGAAGGUGCGGGGUCUAGAAAAUGUAGAUGACUCACGAGGCGCCGUGGUGUUGCUUAACCACCAGAGUAGCAUCGACCUCUUCGCUCUAGCAGUGCUAUGGCCUCUUAUGGCGCGUUGCACGGUGGUGUCCAAGCGAGAGCUUCAAUACCUAGUGCCAUUUGGCACUGCUUCCUGGCUAUGGGGUACAGUUUUCAUUGACCGGGGUGCUCGAUCUGCGCACUCCGUCCUGAACCAACAGAGCAACGCUGUUCGGGAACACAAGCGAAAACUGCUGUUGUUUCCUGAAGGGACUCGACAUUUGGGGGACAAACUUCUGCCAUUCCGAAAAGGUGCUUUCCACGUUGCGAUGGACGCUCGAGCUCCUAUCCAGCCUAUCGUUGUUUCGAAAUAUCAUUUCUUGGAUGCAAAGCAACCUCGUUUUGGAUCCGGUGACGUAAUAGUAACAAUAUUGCCAAUUAUCGAGACUGAGAAUCUGCAAAAGGAAGAUAUUCCAAAUUUGAUGGAAAAAACACAAAUACUGAUGCAAGAAGAAUUCACAAGAACCUCUGCUGAGACAAAACCAAGACUUUCUCUUUAAGAUGAUAAGGAUAUUAUGUAAUAUCAUAUUUUUAUAUGCAUAAAAAGGGUCUGUGAUAAAAUUUCAAAUGUGCGUGGUGCCAAUAAUGAUAAUGUUAUUAACUAUUCGUAUUUUAUGUGAACGUAUACUUAAUAAAAUGGAAUAU